AUGGAAGAUUUCUUUAGGAAUGCAUUUAGUUACUUUGGAAAUUCCUCCUCUAACCGUCCAGAAAAUGAUUUCAUUGGACAAAAUGUAGAGGUUGGUACUCGCAUGCUUCGUGUGAAGCGACUUAUUGCAGAAGGUGGCUAUGGCACGGUUUUCGAGGCUGUGGACCAAUCAAAAGGGCAGCAUUAUGCCUUAAAGCGUUUACUGGCGCAUGACGAAGAAACUAGUAAAAGCAUUAUUCGCGAGAUUGAGAUAAUUAAAAAACUUAGCGGACAUCCAAAUAUUAUUACUUUUGUGAGCGCUGCUUCGGUUGGUAAGGAAAAAAGUAGACACAUUGGUGCCGAAUUCUUGAUAGUAACUGAAUUUUGUAGAGGUGGCCAGCUAACAGACCAUUUGCCAGCUCCAAGGCAGGGUAUUCUUCUUUCUCAUUCUCUAAUCCUCCAAAUAAUGCAUCAAAUAUCCUCGGCUGUACAACACAUGCACCAACAAUCUCCUCCUAUCAUUCAUCGUGAUCUGAAAAUGGAAAAUCUUUUGCUUACCGACUCUUUUAUACUCAAGCUUUGCGACUAUGGAAGUGCUUCAACUAAAACCUUUUCACCCGAUCCUACAUGGUCCGCCCUACAGCGGAGCAGAGUUCAGGAAGAG